UGCUAGGUGUUGCUGUAUAAUGCCAUUUUUUUCAUGCAAAAUCAAAAUCAAAUCCUCAAUCUAAUAUUCUCUGAGUCAUGAUAUAAUAAGUUCAACUUUCUCAAUUUUUUCUUCAUCUUCAGCCAGCAGUCAGGGAGAGAAGAGUUUCGGUUUCAUUUUAACAAGAUUGAUUGUUGAUUUUGCCAAAUUAAUUGGAAUUGGAAUGAUUCCUCUGCACUUCCAAAAGAAUUGGCUGUGCAGUCCUUGUUUUCAGAGACCCUCGUUAAGUUCCCAUCGGCUUUUGAGGUCUAUAAUGGCUAGCGAUUCUUCUGCUAUCUCCAACGGAGACAACAACGACAAUGUCAAUCCGCCACCAAACCUACAAAGGACUUACCAAGUGGUAGUUGCUGCCACUCAAGAUUGGGGCAUCGGUAAGGAUGGGAAAUUACCCUGGAGAUUGCCUACUGAUCUCAAAUUUUUUAAGGAAAUCACAAUGAAAACAUCUGAUCCUGGGAAGAAGAAUGCCAUUGUAAUGGGAAGGAAAACUUGGGAGAGUAUUCCUCUCGAGUACAGGCCUCUUUCUGGUCGCCUUAAUGUUGUUCUUACUCGGUCAGGCAGCUUUGAUAUUGCAACGGCAGAGAAUGUUGUUAUAUGUGGAAGUAUGCCUUCUGCAUUGGAACUGUUAGCUGCUUCUCCUUACUCUCUGUCAAUUGAGAAAGUAUUUGUUAUAGGAGGUGGACAGAUAUUUAGAGAGGCUCUGGAUGCACCUGGAUGUGAAGCCAUCCAUUUAACAGAAAUUCAGUCAAGCAUUGAGUGCGACACUUUUAUGCCUCCAGUUGAUUCCACUAUAUUUUGUCCAUGGUACUCAUCCUUUCCUAAAGUGGAAAACGAAAUCCGCUAUUCUUUCACCACUUUUGUGCGUGUAAGGAGUUCAGCUGCAGAGUCCCCAAGUCAGAAUAUCCAUCCACAUUUUGAUAAUAAUUCUGACAAUCCACAUUUUGAUAAUAAUUCUGACUCCUUAAAGUUUGAGGUCAAAGAUUUUUCUUUUCUUCCUAAAAUGAUUUUUGAGAGACACGAGGAGUAUUUGUAUCUUAAGCUGGUUCAAGACAUCAUUUCUGAAGGUACAACUAAGGUUGAUAGGACAGGGACUGGUACCUUGUCAAAAUUUGGUUGCCAGAUGAGGUUCAAUCUGCGCAGAAGCUUUCCUCUUCUAACAACUAAGAGAGUAUUUUGGCGAGGGAUUGUUGAAGAGCUUCUUUGGUUUAUCAGUGGCUCAACAAAUGCCAAGGUGCUACAGGAAAAAGGCAUUCAUAUAUGGGAUGGCAAUGCAUCCAGAGAAUACCUUGAUUGUAUUGGUUUGACAGAGAGGGAAGAGGGUGACUUGGGGCCUGUUUAUGGGUUUCAAUGGAGGCAUUUUGGUGCCAGAUAUACUAACAUGCAUGAUGACUACUCCGGCCAAGGGUUUGAUCAGCUUUUAGAUGUUAUUAACAAGAUAAAGCAUAAUCCUAAUGAUCGGCGAAUCAUUUUCUCUGCAUGGAAUCCAGCUGAUCUUAAAUUGAUGGCACUUCCACCCUGCCACAUGUUUGCACAGUUUUAUGUAGCUCAUGGGGAGUUAUCAUGUCAAAUGUACCAGCGAUCUGCUGACAUGGGUCUGGGUGUUCCAUUUAAUAUUGCUUCUUAUGCCCUCCUGACAUGCAUGAUUGCUCAUGUUUGUGAUCUUGUUCCAGGUGAUUUUAUCCAUGUUAUUGGGGAUACACAUGUUUACAGCAAUCAUGUGAAUCCCUUACAGGAGCAGCUCCAUAACCUGCCAAAACCAUUUCCAACUUUGAAAAUAAAUCCAAAGAAGAAAGAUAUAGAUUCUUUUGUGGCUGCUGAUUUCAAGCUCAUAGGCUAUAAUCCUCACCCGAAGAUUAAUAUGAAGAUGUCUGUUUAAAGUCUGGGGAUUCUCGCUCCUUCAGUUCUUCGAUGCUGAAGCCAUCUGUUAUCCUUGUUUCUGGCGCAACUAUAGGGAGAUAAUGUUAAAUCUGUGUACAAUUAAAGACCAUCUCGUAAGACAUACUUCAUCGCAUACAUAUUGUUGGUGGGGAUUCUUUGGUCCAAUUUCCUUCCUUUCCAAUGUAUACCCUGUUGUACUUUACUUUUGACUUUUGAGGGAUCUGAAACUCGACGGUUUGGGUUUUGCGUUUUUUGUACACUCUCAAGUGAUAGAAUUCAAGUUUAAGAUGAUAAGAACAACAUUUCUAUCUUUA